UUCUUAAUCGUUUUUGUGGAAAUCAAGCAGUGAUAAAAAGAGAGCGUAUACUAUAUGAGAAUCUCUCUCUCUCUCUCUCUCUCUCUUGUUGAGUCUAAAAGUAUUUACUCAUAAUUACCUGAAACUGAUGUCUCAAAAUUCCCAACUGUAAUAUGCUGUUAGUUUCACAGUCUCAAAGUUCAGUUUCUAGUUUCUUUGCUUGUUUUCACCCAACAGCUAGCAAUCCUUGUAGUUUAAAGCCGUCUGAUUUUCAGAACUUGUGUCUUGGAUGAUUAAGAGUACCUUUUCUCUUUGAUAUCUCCGCAGCGCUAAACUUAACUUUGGUGUCAACGUUAGAUUUUGUUCCUUCAUAUGUUCUUUCUUGUUUUUUCAUAUUCCGAUCAUAACAUAUACUGUUUGACUUCGAAUUCUCGUGAAUUGAAGUUGGACUCUUACUUACUCUCCGAAGUUUAACAUCAGAUCUUUGCUUACCCAUGGCUUCAAUCUCUAAUUCUGCUCUCCUUCAACAAUCAAGAUUUUCUACUUUGUACAAACAGCAUUGCAGAAAUUCAGCUGCAUCGUUUCUGCAUAGAAGUGGACAUCUUACUUCAAGACCAAAUCAUUUGGAGUUUUCACCACUGUCAAAAAGGAGAGUUCUCUCUGGACCUAUAGAUUUUUCUGGCAAGUCCUGCAACAGUCUUGGACUGAAUGAAAUCUUGAACCGCCAUGGCUCUCCUGAAUUUUAUACCACAAGAGCUGCAGCUGCUGAUGCUGAUGCAGACGGUCAUGCGAUUGAGAUUUCAAACGGGUUUGCUGCGCCGAAGAGCUUUGCAGAGAGAUUUCCAGCUCUGGUUACCGGUUUCUUUUUCUUUACAUGGUAUUUCCUGAAUGUCAUCUUCAAUAUACUGAACAAGAAGGUCUACAAUUAUUUCCCAUAUCCAUAUUUUGUCUCAGUGGUUCAUCUUCUGGUUGGAGUCGUAUACUGUAUGGUUAGCUGGGCUGUUGGUCUACCGAAACGAGCUCCGAUUGACAAGGAACUAUUGGGCGUUCUCACACCGGUGGCAUUUUGUCAUGCUCUUGGACACGUCAUGUCAAACGUAUCAUUUGCAGCUGUUGCUGUCUCCUUCACACACACCAUCAAAGCCUUGGAGCCAUUUUUCAACGCUGCAGCUUCGCAGUUUGUAUUAGGCCAUCAGAUUCCCCUGUCCCUGUGGCUGUCAUUAGCCCCUGUUGUGAUUGGUGUGUCAAUGGCAUCAAUGACGGAACUAUCGUUCAACUGGACUGGCUUCGUUAGUGCAAUGAUUUCAAAUAUUGCAUUUACGUACAGAAGUAUUUACUCAAAGAAAGCAAUGACAGGAAUGGACAGUACAAACGUCUAUGCUUACAUUUCGAUAAUCGCCCUCUUGUUCUGCCUUCCACCAGCAAUAUUUAUUGAAGGUCCCCAGCUAAUGCAGCAUGGGUUCAGAGAUGCAAUUGCUAAAGUUGGUCUUCACAAGUUCUUGUCUGAUCUAUUCUGGAUUGGAAUGUUCUACCAUUUGUACAAUCAGGUAGCUACAAAUACAUUAGAACGGGUUGCCCCACUUACACAUGCUGUAGGAAAUGUGCUGAAGCGAGUCUUUGUGAUUGGAUUCUCCAUCGUAGUUUUUGGUAAUAAGAUCUCCACACAAACUGGGAUUGGCACUGGAAUAGCCAUCGCAGGUGUUGCAAUGUAUUCACUCAUUAAGGCGAACAUCGAGGAGCAGAAACAGAAGGCUGCUCAAACUCAUGCAUAGUGAGGCCACAACAGCUUAUAAGCAGAAUUCACAUGCAAUUUCUCUCAAGUUGAUUGCAAUAAAGCCAGGAUACGAGGCGCAUUCCGCUUUACUUUCUCAAGCAAUUUCUGAUUUCAAAGAAAAUCCGGAAGAACAGGCGAUAGUUUACAAUGUUCCAAAAUUUGGCAACAUUUCCUAAUUGUUUUAUGCACUCGUUCCGUUAGGCUA